GAGUAGGAGCCGCGCGCUCGCCCGCAGCCCGCCGCCGCGCCUCCGCCAGCGGACGGCACCGGGGCCCCGCGCCUCGCCCCGCUCCAGCGCGAGCUCCCUCGGCGGCUCCCGGGCAGGCCGUGGGCUGCCACUCGCGGGAGACCGAGCCGCAGCGCGCGGUCGCGGAGCCCGACCGGGCCGGGGGGCUGCGCCUUUUGUCCCUUGGAGAUUGCUGGAGUUGGCGGCGGGACGCGGGCGUGAGGGCAGCGCAGGCAGCCCCGACGUCGCGGGAGCGAGUGCGGGGAGCCGGCAUGAGCGGCGGGCGCAGCGCGGGGGGCCGCCCCGGGGCCGCCGGGGGGCUGCUGCUGGCGCUGGCCGCCGGGCUCCUGGCCGGGGCUUCGGCCAGCGAGUACGACUACGUGAGCUUCCAGUCGGACAUCGGCUCGUACCAGAGCGGGCGCUUCUACACCAAGCCGCCGCAGUGCGUGGACAUCCCGGCCGACCUGAGGCUGUGCCACAACGUGGGCUACAAGAAGAUGGUGCUGCCCAACCUGCUGGAGCACGAGACCAUGGCCGAGGUGAAGCAGCAGGCCAGCAGCUGGGUGCCCCUGCUCAACAAGAACUGCCACAUGGGCACGCAGGUCUUCCUCUGCUCGCUCUUCGCGCCCGUCUGCCUGGACCGGCCCAUCUACCCGUGCCGCUGGCUCUGCGAGGCCGUGCGCGACUCCUGCGAGCCCGUCAUGCAGUUCUUCGGCUUCUACUGGCCCGAGAUGCUCAAGUGCGACAAGUUCCCCGAGGGGGACGUCUGCAUCGCCAUGACGCCGCCCAACGCCACCGAGGCGUCCCGGCCCCAAGGUACAACCGUGUGUCCCCCGUGUGACAACGAAUUGAAAUCUGAAGCGAUCAUUGAGCAUCUUUGUGCCAGCGAGUUUGCACUGAGGAUGAAGAUAAAGGAAGUGAAGAAGGAAAACGGCGACAAGAAGAUUGUCCCCAAGAAGAAGAAGCCCCUGAAGCUGGGGCCCAUCAAGAAGAAGGAGCUGAAGAAGCUGGUGCUGUUCCUGAAGAACGGCGCUGACUGCCCCUGUCACCAGCUGGACAACCUCAGCCACCACUUCCUCAUCAUGGGCCGCAAGGUGAAGAGCCAGUACCUGCUGACGGCCAUCCACAAGUGGGACAAGAAAAACAAGGAGUUCAAAAACUUCAUGAAGAAGAUGAAGAACCACGAGUGCCCCACUUUCCAGUCGGUCUUCAAGUGAUGCUGGCGGACAGGUUGGGGAGGGAGCUGUGGGCCAGAGGAGCGCCGGGGAGAGCAGAGUCUGGGCCUCCCCUGUGCAUGCGCACUGCACUGCCACACCGCCCCUGCCCUUAGUGGACCUCGUCACACAGUGGGCUUAGUCCUCGCAGUAUCCUCCCCCCUCCCCUCACAGCCACGCUCCAGACCCCAGCACAGCCAUGUCUGGUACACCCAGGCCAUUUAGAGUAGGAAGGCAUUAAAGAUCUGCAGCGUGGAUCAGCUGUCACGGUGCAAAAGGAUGUGCAAAAACAUUGCACCCGGAGAGGCAGUCUCCAAAAAGAAAACUUACCAAUUUGGAGAAAAGGUUAAACAAAAGGGAUUGUGGAAAAAGCGAGAAAGACAGAGAGAGAGAGCGAGAGAGAGAGAGAGAGAGAGAGUCUAAGCUGUGUGUCUGAGUGUUGAUACAAAUUGCUCAUAGUUCCUUGGCUAAUCUAUGCCUUUUUUUUUUUUUUGCCAGUCCUGGGGCUUGAACUCAGGGCCUGAGCAC